AAACAAGGAAGGUUUUGCUCCUGCUGAAAUGAGAGCACUUUCUAAAUUUGCAUCUAUCGAUAUAAAUUAGUGCAUGCAAUUGUUGUGCAUGAAGCUGUUCCUCACCCUCCUGGGAUUCCUGGUGUCCAUGAAACCAAUCCAGGCAAAGGAUUCUUCUGUCAGAGCCAUUGCAAAGCAUCUGGGGACCCCAGCCCUCCUGAGGAUUGUGGAAGAAGCGAAGGAGCUGGUCGAUGCUGCCUAUGAGAGCACCCAGGACCGCUUAAAGGAGAAGCUGAGAAGUGAGAAGGUCAGCCCUGCUGACCUCUUGGUCUCUUUCAAGCAACCCGUGGGGAAAACCCGGCUGGUGGUUCAAGCUGCUGACUACAUGCAUGUCACCUUGGCCCUCUUGAAAGAGAAGCUGCAGGUCUUAAUCCCACAGGACUUCAACAUCACCGAUGUCCUCACUCCGGGGCAGAUGCAAAGCAUCUACAAAGCGAGUGGCUGCGCAAAGCAUGAACUGAAGAUGAUGGACUGUGAUGACCAGAGUCCUUACCGGACCAUUACGGGAGACUGUAAUAACAGGAGGAUAAUUACAUUGGGGGCCUCUAACCGCCCCUACGCCCGGUGGCUUCUGCAAGAGUAUGAAGAUGGCAUCUCUCUCCCGCGUGGCUGGACUGAAACGAAGCUGUAUUCUGGGUUUCCUCUACCCUUAGUCCGGGCGGUGUCCAACCAGAUUGUCCGCUUCAACGAUUCACAGUUCACUGAGGAUCCAUUUCGAUCGGUCAUGUUCAUGCAGUGGGGCCAGUUUAUUGACCACGACUUAGAUUUUGGACCCAGCACCACAGCCACCCUCACCUUCAUAAAAGGAGCGGACUGCGCCAAUACUUGUGUCAAAGAGCCGCCCUGCUUCCCCAUCAAGAUCCCUCCCAAUGACCCCGUGAAAAACCCGUCCGACUGCAUCGCCUUCAUGCGUGCAGCCCCUGCGUGCAAUGGUGGCUACGCCAUCCGAAACCAGAUCAACGCGCUCACGCCCUUUAUUGAUGCCAGCCAGGUCUACGCCAGCGAACUCACAUGGGCCCAGCAAUUAAGGAAUACCACAACCAACCUGGGGCUGCUGGCAAUCAACCAGAAAUUCACAGACCGAGGGCAUGCCUAUCUCCCCUUCGGCACUCCGGCAGGGUUCCCGGAUAUCUGCAACCGCACCAAUCCAGCCUUGAACAUCCCCUGUUUCUUUGCAGGAGACAACCGGGUCAAUGAAAUGCCGCAGUUGAUGGUGCUGCAUACCCUUCUCAUGCGGGAGCACAACCGCCUGGCCACUGACCUGAGGAGGCUGAAUCCACAGAUGGAUGGAGAAAACAUCUAUCAGGAAGUCCGGAAGAUCAUAGGCGCGAUCAUUCAGAUAAUUACCUUUUUCGAGUUUCUGCCUGCACUUUUGGGCGAUGCGUUCUCUCAGGAUGUGACUAACUACCCAGGCUACAAUGACUCCGUGGACCCUCGCGUUGCCAGCGUCUUCACCUCUGCUUUUCGUUUUGGGCAUACUGUGGUGCGCCCUACUGUGUUUCGCCUGGACAGCCGCUAUCAGCUUCAAAGCGAGACCCCACUUGAGAAAGAAUUCUUUGCUACGUGGAGGGUCAUUCAAGAAGGAGGCAUUGACCCUAUUCUGCGAGGCAUGUUGGCUAAGCCAGCCAAACUGCUGAGACAAGACCAGAUCGUUGUGGAUGCUCUCAGGGACAAGCUCUUUGAACAGGUCCUGAGGGCCGGACUGGAUUUACCUUCACUGAACAUGCAGCGUGGCCGAGAUCAUGGCCUCCCAGGUUACAACGCCUGGAGGCAAUUCUGCGGCCUCUCCCAACCUCGCAAUGAGACUGAGCUCGCCGCCGUCCUUGGCAACCCUGGGCUGGCCAAGAAGUUCAUUCAGCUUUAUGGGACGCCUGACAACAUUGACCUCUGGAUUGGGGGCGUGGCUGAACCCUUAGUGCCGAAUGGCAGGGUGGGGCCUCUCAUGGCCUGUAUCAUCAGAUCCCAGUUCCAAAAAACUCGCAAUGGGGACAGAUUCUGGUGGGAGAAUCCCGGCGUGUUCACCCCGGAGCAGCGUGAGGCUAUCAGCAAAGUCUCCUUGCCGCGCAUCAUUUGUGACAACACCCACAUCCAACAGGUGCCCAAGUUGGUUUUCCGGGCCAACAGCUACCCCCAAGAUUUUGUCAGCUGCAACGAAUUUCCACGGCUCAGUCUCUUCGCCUGGAAGUCCAUCUGUAAUUCUGCAGAAGAACAGUCUAAAAACUCCUGUUGAGAGCAUCUCCCUAGAGCUGGAAUUCACAUCCCGGGAAGUGACAGCGCUUUGCAAUCCACCGCAGCUGAAUUCCAGCCGCUGCUCCUGUCCAGCCUCCCAUUUUGAGAGAGAAUUUGGGGGCGAACAGAGUCCUUCUCCUCCUCGCUUCUUGCUGCCAAGAUCCACAUUAAAAUAGAUGCUGUGAACAACCGUUUCCAUCCUGGGAAAAA